AUGGCCGAACUUAAUUUGGUGUUGAAACGACCGUCGCUUGACAUUCCCUACGGCUUCACCAUUCGCCACAUUGCUUUCUGCUCUCCGCAGCAGGAUACUAAGCAAUACGAGUCGUUAUAUGCAUUAGCAGUUUUGAGCGUGGAUCCGUGGAGUGCAGCAGCAGACGCAGGCCUGGAGCCCGGUCAACGCAUCAUCGAACUCAAUGGACAGUGUGUCACCGGGCUUACCUACGACGAUAUCUGCAGCAUAACUCAAAGGUGCACAAGUAUUUUCUAA